GGCAAAGGUAUUUAUACAAGAAAUUCAUUCCCAAAAUUUUCAUCUGUAUAAUAAGAAAAACCCUAAUUUCCGUCUUUCUCUUUCAUCUCCUCCUUCAUUAGAGAGGCAAUUCUUCUGCGAAUCAUGGCGGUCGCAGCUCCAGGACAACUCAACCUACAUGAAUCACCAUUAUGGGGUUCUAGAAGCGUCGAUUGUUUCCAUAAAUUGGAACAAAUUGGAGAAGGAACUUAUGGGCAAGUUUUCAUGGCUAGAGAAAUUGAAACUGGAGAAAUUGUUGCUUUGAAAAAAAUAAGAAUGGACAAUGAAAAAGAAGGGUUUCCAAUAACUGCCAUCCGUGAAAUCAAGAUUUUGAAGAAGCUGCACCAUGAAAAUGUGAUCAAACUAAAGGAGAUUGUAACUUCUCCUGGCCCUGAAAAGGACGAGCAAGGGAGGCCAGAUGGCAAUAAAUAUAAAGGUGGCAUUUACAUGGUCUUUGAGUAUAUGGAUCACGAUUUAACUGGUCUUGCUGAUCGUCCUGGUAUGAGAUUUUCAGUUCCACAGAUCAAGUGCUACAUGAGACAGCUCUUGACAGGACUUCACUAUUGUCACGUAAACCAAGUACUACAUCGUGAUAUCAAAGGUUCAAAUCUUCUCAUAGACAACGAGGGUAUGCUAAAGCUUGCAGAUUUUGGCCUUGCCCGCUCUUUUUCAAAUGAUCAUAAUGGGAAUCUAACCAAUCGUGUUAUUACCUUGUGGUAUAGACCUCCAGAAUUGUUGCUUGGUAGCACAAAGUAUGGUCCUGCUGUUGAUAUGUGGUCAGUUGGAUGUAUUUUUGCGGAGCUGCUCCACGGGAAACCAGUAUUUCCUGGCAAAGAUGAGCCUGAGCAAAUAAAUAAGAUCUUUGAGCUUUGUGGAGCUCCAGAUGAGGUCAACUGGCCAGGGGUUACAAAACUCCCUUGGUAUCCCAAUUUCAAGCCAAACAGGCCAAUGAAGAGACGCCUACGGGAGUAUUUUAGACACUUUGAUCGCCAUGCCUUGGAGUUGCUGGAGAGGAUGCUGACGCUUGAUCCGGCACAGAGGAUCUGUGCAAAGGAUGCUCUUGACGCCGAGUACUUCUGGGCUGAUCCGUUGCCUUGUGAUCCUAAGAGUUUGCCCAAGUAUGAAGCAUCACAUGAAUUCCAAACAAAGAAGAAACGCCAACAACAAAGACAGCAUGAAGAAGCAGCAAAACGUCAGAAGCUACAGCAUCCACCACCACAUACUCGUCUUCCACCCAUUCAGCAAUCUGGUCAAACACAUGGUCAGAUGCGGCCUGGUCCUAACCAAGCCAUGCAUGGCUCUCAAUCAUCAGUUCCUGCAGGGCCAGGUCAUCACUAUGGAAAGGCUCGAGGAGCCGCUGCUGGAGGCCCCAACAGAUACUCCCAGAGUGGAAAUCCCAGUGGAGGAUACAAUCAUCCUAACCGUGCAAGUCAAGGUGGCGGAGCAGGUUAUGGAAAUGCCCCCUACCCACAGCAAGGACGUGGCCCGCCCUAUGGUUCAAGUGGUCCACGUGGUGGUGGGGCUAGUGGUUAUGGAGGGGGUGCGCCGAAUUAUCAGCAAGGUGGUCCUUAUGGUGGUUCAGGUACUGGCCGAGGUUCUAACGUAAAUCGUAAUCAGCAGUAUGGCUGGCAGCAAUGACAUUACGAUUCCUAUAGGAGGCUAGAAAAAGAAUCAUGCUCUAGUCUACCAUGAGCAUUGAAAAAACUGAGCACCUUAUAUUUCAAAUGUCCUAAGGAUUUGGUCAUGGGGCUGAACCUGAAAAUUUCAAAUUAAGGCGUUAAGGUUCGAUCUAACAAAAGAUUUUUUCGGGUCAGAGUAGAACAUUGAAGAUCCAAGUUGCAAUAAGUGUGGUGAGGCUCUUUGAUAAGUCUAUCAGUGUAUUGUAGAAUAAGGCAGUUUCAAUGGUGGUUGUAUUUAGGUACUUUAUUUUACAUUGAUGAGUGAGCUAUAGAUAUAAAGCUGUAAGAGUUUCUCUUUACGUGCGCGUCUGCAUCAGAUAAAAGCUCCCUUCCCCUUCCUUCUGCCUAGCUUCUUCAGGCUGAUGUAAGAUCCUAAUGUUCAUGUUCUAUAAGAUUCAAAGUUCAAUAUUAUUCAUUUACCCUUUA